CCCGGAACUGUGUGAUCAGGUCUGUAUUUUCAUGGUUAGCUCCGCCCACCCCGGUGAAGCCGGCCAAUGGCUAGCCUCCAUCUCUACACCACAGGUUAGGGAAGUCACGGCAGCAGCUGAGGGGAGUCAGUCAUCUGGCACCUGGGUCCGGGAUCACAGCGCACAGGUUAUCAAAAAAGAAGGCAGGGCUGAGAUCUGAAGAACAAUGGCUGAGAAGGUGCUAGUAACAGGAGGUGCCGGCUACAUUGGUAGCCACUGUGUCAUAGAGCUGAUCGAAGCUGGGUAUGAACCCGUUGUCAUAGACAAUUUUCACAACGCCAUUCGAGGGACCAAUGGCCUACCAGAAAGUCUGCUGAGAGUGCAGGAUAUUGUUGGCAAGAAGAUUGAAUUUGAGGAAGUGGAUCUUUUAGACCAGGCUGCACUAAACAGUUUGUUUGAUAAGUACAAGUUCUCUGCUGUUAUGCACUUUGCUGGCAUGAAGGCUGUUGGGGAAUCUGUGCAGAAACCCCUGUUGUAUUAUAAAGUAAACCUGACUGGCACCAUCCAGCUUCUGGAGGUCAUGAACUCUCACGGUGUGAAGAAAAUAGUAUUCAGCAGCUCUGCCACAGUAUAUGGAGACCCCGAGUAUCUUCCAAUAGAUGAGAAGCACCCAGUUGGGGGAUGCACAAACCCCUAUGGAAAAACAAAGUAUUUUAUUGAAGAAAUGAUUCAGGAUCUAUGCAAAGCUGAGGGGGAUUGGGGGGCGAUUUUAUUAAGAUAUUUUAACCCUAUUGGAGCCCAUGUAUCUGGUCGCAUUGGAGAAGAUCCUCAAGGCAUUCCUAACAACCUGAUGCCAUAUGUUUCUCAGGUUGCUGUUGGAAGGCGAGAAUAUCUGAAUGUAUUUGGCAAUGAUUAUAAUACUCCUGAUGGCACAGGUGUUAGAGAUUACAUCCACAUUGUGGACUUAGCCAGAGGUCACAUUGCAGCUCUCAAGAAGCUGAAUGCCGGCAGUGGAUGUAAGGUUUAUAACCUGGGAACUGGAGUAGGAUAUUCUGUGCUUCAGAUGGUGGCUGCAAUGGAGAAAGCUUCAGGCAAAAAGGUUUCUUAUAAAAUAGCACCAAGGAGAGAAGGUGACAUUGCAACCUGUUAUGCAGAUCCUGCUGUGGCUGCAGCAGAGCUGGGCUGGAAGGCAGAAUAUGACCUGGACCGAAUGUGUGAAGAUUUGUGGCGGUGGCAAUCUAUGAAUCCAACAGGAUUUAGUAAAGACUCCUGAGAAGCUCCAGCCAGAAUUUUCUUAACCAUGACUUUUUCUGUACCUACAUUAUAAUUUAUACCCUGGACAAACUGUACUUUAUACUGUAUAAAAUGCUAGACUGUCAUGAUCUGAAACUGAACCUCAGGAUGUCUUCCAGUACAAUGGCGCAUACUGGGCAAAAGUCACUCCUACCUCACACGCAUACCUUUUGUGUACAGUGGGUUAAAGAUACUGGAAAGUGCUCUGCCCAUUGUACUCCUAAAACAACUUACUGUCCUUGUUUACAGAAUUCAAGAAACCGCAUAUAACUUAAUAUCAGCCAAAUGCAGAUGAGGGAUGUUACAUUCCUUAAUUUAUAUUUUUUUUCUUCAAAAUUUACAUAUUAAAUUUACAUUGACCUCAAUAAAAAAAUAAAAAAAAAAA